AUGCUAAUAAGGGGGCAGCCCCUAACUCCUGCCCAAGCUCUCUACAUCCAGGGGCAGAUCUGGGUGGCACCCACUGUUUAUGACUAUUGUCCUGUGCCCAUGGAUGAGCACCUGAGGAAGCCGGCCCUGGGGGACCACCAGCUGCUGAGGUGGCUGGGGAUCACGCUGCUCCUGGUGGUGGCGGGGGGUGGUGUGCUUGUGGCCAUGAUCAUCUUCGCUGUCAGGGCCAACACUGAGGCCUGCAGGGACGGUCUCCAAGCAGUGCAGGAGUGUCGCAACGUCACCCACGUUCUGGACCACCAGCUAAGCCGGGCCCAGGAAGUCUUACGGGGGGCCGAGGCCCAGGCCGCCACCUGCAAUCAGACUGUGGUGACCCUGAGGGCUUCCCUGGAGAUGGAGAAGGCUCACAGCCGGGAGCAGCUGGCGCGAGCGCUGCAGCUUGAGGAGGAGAUGUCGGCUCUGAGGCAGCAGCUGCAGAACGCCCUGGCGGAGGCGGAGCGACUACGAAAAUGGAAUGAUGAUGCCUCAGGCGGGAACAACGACUCCGCCAGCUCCCUGAACGGCCUCAGCCCCUUGGUGGUCGCUGUGCUGCUGCUCCUAGGCCUCCAGGCUCUGCUGCGCUGAGAUCCCAGGAAGCGG